AUGGCAUCCCCUCGGCUGGAGACCUUCUGCUGCCCGAACCGGGACGCGGCGACAGAGUUCGUGGUAACCUUCCAGCCCGUCCUGUUCGGGGCUUUAAGUCUGGGAAGCGCCGCUCUCAGCCUCUUGUUUGCUAUUUUACAAAUUUUGCCAAAACGCAAGGGCUACAGAAGACUCGGACAGUAUCCUCUGCCAAGGCCUGCGUCCUCCUCACGGAUAUUGUUCAUCAUCAGUAUAUGUGACAUACUGGGAUGCACAGGUAUCAUCAUAAGGUCAUCAGUAUGGCUGGGCCUGCCGAACAUCAUCGACCACAUCUCAGUGGCCAACAACACUGAUGUCUGGCCAGAAGUCUUCUGCGUUGGCAGCGCGAUGUGGAUCCAGCUGUUUUUCAGCGCUUCUUUUUGGUGGACCUUUUGUUAUGCUGUAGACGUCUUCCUCGUGGUGAAAACAUCUGCAGGAAUCAGCACCAUUAUCCUCUACCACAUGAUUACAUGGGGUCUGGCUAUGCUGCUGUGUGUGGAAGGAGUGGCCAUGCUCUACUACCCAUCCAUCUCCGAUUGUGAGCAAGGCCUCCAGCACGCCAUCCCUCACUAUGUCACCACAUACGCACCGAUGCUGCUCGUCCUCGUAGCUAACCCUGUCUUCUUUAACCGCACCAUAUCUGCAGUGACAUCUUUACUAAAAGGACGACAAGGAAUCUACACAGAAAACGAGAGACGGCUGGCCAACGAGAUAAAAAUCCGCUUCUUUAAAAUAAUGCUGGUGUUCUUUAUUUGCUGGGUCCCCAACAUCAUCAAUGAGAGCCUCCUGUUCUACCUGGAGAUGCAGACAGACAUCAAUGACAACAGCUUCAGGAAUAUCAGAAACGCAGCCCUGAUCACAUGGUUUAUCAUGGGUAUCCUGAACCCCAUGCAGGCUUUCCUCAACACCCUGGCCUUUCACGGCUGGACGGGCUUUGAUGUUGACCUCAGCCUGCAGAGGAGGAGGGAGCUAGCCUGGGACUCGCUUUCUACGUCAGUGCCCAACGCAGCCGGCCAUAACCCCAUGGUAGGAACUACUCUUCUCUACCAGAGUCACGUCCAGGAAGCCAAGAAGAACCUGAUGGGCAACGGGCAGCACCACUCCGACGCCAUCAGUGUCCUCUCAGAAGGUUCAGAGUCUAGUACAGUUGAAAUCCACAUUUCCAGCGAGCUACGAGACUAUGAGGAUGUAGACGCUGACGGAGAAUCCUUGGAGAACUCUGUGAGGCACUAGCUGGGGUCAACAACAAACCGCCUCCCUCUGCCUUUUUGCAGUGUGACUGCUCUUUUUUUAGUUGUUUUUGUGUUAGAUUGUCUCCUCUUAGCCUCUAUUGUCCCCUUUUCUAGACUUUCCCACUGGUCACGAGAUUUCAUUAGCUGGUACGACAGAAUGAGUCUUAAUUCUGGAUUCCAAGCCUUUUUGUUUUUCUCUAAGCUUUUUAAAUCUGUCUACAGCACAGUUUAGUGUUGCUUUGCAGACCCAUCAACUGUACAGCAGCUGAACAGUCCCAAAGCCACUGCACAGUCUCGCGUAGCAGCCAGUCAGCAGAACAAAUGUGACGUUUUCUCAUUAAUAACGCACAGGCUGAGCUUUAAAGUUGACUUAAAUGCUUGAGGAAAUAUUUCUCUAAAAGAAAAUUCUCUAAAUUGGAUGCACACUGGGUUUGUGAUAUGCACUCUUGCCGCUAAACUCCUAAGGCACAACGGAAUUUAGUAAGUUAGUGUCUUUUUUUUUUGUAAACAAAGUUACUGUAUUUCCAACUGUCCAUCUUGUAUUUUUUGCACACA